AGGCGAGCGCUCGUCGGUCCACAUCGACCACGGGGCGUCCGACUCCGAGUCGCUCUCGGACGGGCAGCUGGACGUGUCGGUGCGUGGGGCAUGGUCCGCUCUGAGCCAGGAGGACUCCGACCCGCUGGCGAGCGCGCGGAUCAACUCCUCCGCGUCCGAGGAGGAGGCGGUAGACCAGGAUGCGCAGGGGGGCUCCAGCCUGGAUGCGGCGGCGGCGCAGCUCGUCUCCCUGCGCCGCCUCCGUCAGCAGGUGACCUGCUUGGAGGAGGAGCUGGAGUCGCGCGACGCGGAGGUGUCGCGCCUGAAGCGUCACGUCGGCCGGGGCGGCGUCUCCCAGCGCGCGAUGACGCCCAAGACGUCGUGAGUGCCGCUGGUGGGGCUCCUUCACCGGGAAGGUGGGCCCGCCGGUGGGAGGCUGCCUGAGCGCCCGCACCCCUCGGGGAGGAAGGGCGCUGUGCCGCAUCGAGGCCCCCCCCCCAGCAGCAGAUACCUAAUCUGACCAUGCGGCGGGGGAGGGCUUGCGUCCCUUGGGACACGAAUUCGGCCCAUGCUUCGCAUGGCAGCCAGAACAGCUAAUGAAUGACUGUCCCGCCUCCGCCAGGGCCAGGAGUGCCAGGCGGGGAGGCCGCUCGGGCAACGGCUGCUGACCAGCUGGGGUCCGAUGCAAGGGCAGCGGCCUGGCCGCUUCCUUGCCUCAUCGUCUGGAGGGAGCCUGGCGUGCUCUGCGGCUGGCCUUGCAGCGGUUCGGGGGAAGUUGCGCCUCUGCGUCGUGUCUCAGUGAGGUCGCGCUUCUUCUCACGCGUGAUGGAGGCCCGUGCGCCAGAGUUCUGCUGC